AUGUCACCUGCACCCUCCCCUGAAUUCUCUGUCCUUCUCCAGGUGACAAAAGGCCCCACGUCUCACAUCCACCUCCGCGCCACUGUGUUGGAAGUGUCGCUCGACGUCUCCAAGCGCAGACUGCAAUUCUCUGACAUCCUUGUUGGGCAGUGCCAGGUUGAGACCAUCCGGCUCUACAACUGGUUCCAAGUACCCUGCACAUGGUUCAUUACUGCCAGCAAGCCCAUUCAGAAGAGGUCUUACAAGAAUGAGCUGAAGCUCAACAUUUGUGGGAGCAGCAAUUACUUAAAGCUGCACCUCUCAGGACAAGGUCUGGAGCCACGGUUGGAGUUCAGCCCCCCAGCACUAAAGAUGGGACCGGUGCUGGUGGACAGCAAUGGGGUGGAGGCCACAGUGGUGGUGAAGAACCCAUGCAACUUCCCCAUUGAGUUUUACUCCCUGGACUUUGAUGAACAGUACCUCGAGGAGGAGAAGAUCCUGUGGAUGGCACUGGGGUCUGAGCACCAAAAGAGCUUUUUGAUGCCUCCACGCGCUGUGGAUGGGACGCUGCCCCCACAGGUGCUGGAGGACUGUGAAGCACAGAAGCUGAAGACUCAACAGGCAAAGCUCAAGGCCAGGGCCAAGGCCCAGCCUUCAACUGCAAACAAAGGUCAGAAGCCUAAGGAGAAUGUGAAGAAGGUUAAACAAAAAUGUGGAGGCCAAAGGAGUCUUCAGUCAUCUCAGCUGGAGACACAAAGCCAAGUUGCAGAGGGGACAGUCAGAGAUGAGCAUGUCGGGGUGCCGUGCCUGGACAUGCAGGACACACAUUCAAAGGCCAUGAUCUGGGAGAUCCUGAGGGAUGGGAAGCUGCCAACGAAAGACCAGGUAAAACCCUGCAAGGCUCAGAUCUUGAGCUUGCCAUGGGACUAG